UGUCGACUGUAGCACUGUGGAGAAAUGGAUUUCAAACAACAGUGCUGAGUCUGAAAACAUGAACUGGAUACUGGCCAAUUCUAAGCCAUGUCCAAAGUGCAAGCGGCCUAUCGAAAAAAACCAAGGAUGUAUGCACAUGACAUGCACACCACCCUGCAAAUUUGAAUUUUGCUGGCUUUGCCUUGGUUCAUGGGCGGAGCAUGGUGAAAGGACGGGUGGUUUUUAUGCAUGUAACCGCUACGAGGCAGCUAAGCAAGAGGGAGCUUAUGAUGAAGCUGAGAGAAGAAGAGAAAUGGCAAAAAAUUCUCUGGAGAAAUACACUCAUUAUUAUGAACGUUGGGCAAGCAAUCAGCUGUCGAGGCACAAGGCUCUUGCAGAUUUGAAUCAAAUGCGAACUGUGCAUAUGGAGAAACUUAGUGACAUACAGCGCGAGCCUGAGUCUCAGCUCAAGUUCAUAACCGAUGCCUGGCAGCAGAUUGUUGAAUGUAGGAGAGUUCUAAAAUGGACAUAUGCUUAUGGGUACUACCUGCCAGAGCGUGAGCAAGCGAAGAGGCAGUUUUUUGAGUACUUGCAAGGUGAGGCAGAGUCUGCUUUGGAAAGGCUUCAUCAGUGUGCAGAGAAGGAGCUACUGCAAUUCCUUAGUGCAGAAGGCCCAUCGAAAGAAUUCGUUGAUUUCCAUACAAAGCUAGCUGGACUUACCGGGUAAAUAUUGUGAUGAAAUAUUAGUUGAAAUUCA